AACUAGCUAGCCAUUUCACACCGGUUACAUUUGUAACCUCAAAAUUCACGUUGCUUUUAUUUACCUUAUGUUUACUGAUGUUAGUGAUGGUUUUCUGUCAAUAACAGCAAUGAUUUACUUCUCACUUUUUAUUUGAAUUCCUAAUCCGAGUCAUGUGUUAUUUGCUUAUUGCGCAGAAGAGCGUGCUAGUGAUUAUGACCUCAUGGCUCAAGUCACUUACUGUAGUGGGUGGGCAGUAUAAGAGAUGGGGAGAAGGUCCUAUUUACCAAUUUGGGAUUUCCCUGCCCACUAUAUGAGCCAAUACACUGAAAGAACCUGUAUUCAGGGUAGAGUUAUAGUCAGUGGUUUGAGGGACUGAAAGGAAGGAGGUGUUGUGAUAACACGUUUCCAUAUCUACCAUCCCCUCAUGUCUCUCUUGAUCCCUCCCUCUUGAUCUCUCUCCCUGAACAGUCUUCCCCUCUCUAGUCAUUAUUCAUUCCUUCUCCUAUCCUGCAUGUUUUUUCCCCUUGUUUAUUUGACAUUUUCCACACUGAGAUGUAUUAAGCUCUUCUCUUUCUCUCUCCUCCCUCUUUUCUCUCCCUGUUCUCGUGCUCUCCUCCCUCUCUUUCUCCAUUUCUCUCCCCUGCUCUCCCUCUAGAUUGCUUUAAAUAUUUAUACUUUGAAAACUGAGCUGCUAGAAUGUGGAGGGCGAGGGAUGGAGUUAGGGGAUGGCGUGUUGUUGUUAAUGGUGUUAACACUCAGGGGACUUCCCUCUUGUCCAAUCAGUGAGUCAUACAGUACUAUGAUCUAUGUUUGAACACACUGUUGGUUGACAGUGACAUAGUAGGACAACACACACAUGCACCUGCUACACAUCUGAAGGGGAAUUCUAAGGGGAAAUUUGAGGAAAUACCGUAUGAGAUUUGGAGAUCACAAAAAAAAAACAGCAGUCAUAAAAAUCUUUGUAUGAUUCAUUUUGGUAGGGAAUAGGGAGAUAUAGAUGAGCCAGGGGCAACUUCAUCUUACUCCAGUGUUACUGUGACUCUGCCUUCCUCCAGGUGUUGGGCCCCGCCUCUUCAUAGGUGAUGUUUGCCAAGGCAACUGCAAAAUUUGUUCGUCAGAUCGACCCAGAUGGAACCCUGAUCUCGGUCUCCCGCCUUAAUGACUCAGACAAGUUGGUUCCCAUGGCGCUGGUUGUCAAGCGCAACCGUUUCUGGUUCUGGCAACGGCCCAAGUACCUGCCAUCUGACUUCACACUCAGUCACCUGUUGCUAGGAGACAAAGAACUCACUCCAGACGUUUCUGAAUCAGACUUCCUGUCCUAUGAGGGGAGGUUUGGAGACAACCUGAGUGGGAAGCUGGAUGCCAAAGCUGGAUCCAUCAGUGUCAAUGUGGAGGGGCGGUGCUCCUCAAAGCUCCAAUUAUCAUUCGGCAAGCUGAAAAAGCAAGAUGUUGACGUACAGAAGCUACUGCUGGCCUCCAAUGACAGGGUGGUGGACAUGCAGCAUGUGCUGGUGCAGCAGAGUCAGAAGCAUGCAGAGGUGUUUGCUGUGUUGAAGGAGAGGAUCCUGACCACCACCCCCUGCUCCAUCUCAGAACAGGUCCAGGAGCAGGGCACCUGCCAGGGGGUUCUGGGACUACUGGGCAAACUGGGGACACACUCUGUAAAGGUGUGUGUGCAGGAGAAUAGCAGUAUAGAGAUGGACAGUGACAUUUCCUUGGAGAUUCCACCUCUCACUGUCAUCGCCUACAGCCUCAUAGAGCUAGAGGUCAGGAAAGACGGACACUAUGAGCUGUGUCUACAGCAUGGUACUCUUGGAGGAUUCGAGGCAGACUCUGGGAAGACCUCGCCUUCCCAGGAUUCCUUUGAUACCCUGUGUGUUGUGGACGGGCUGGAGUGGGCGGAGGAGAUUCCUGAAGGAGCACCACUCAGCGCACUGCAGAAAAACUUGCAGGACUUGGAGGUCUAUCUACAUCAGUUAGUGGUUCUUCCAGAGUCUACCCGGUCCACUCUGUUCCAGAGACUCUGUGAGGUUCUAGUGGACAGAACCUCACUCACGGUUCUGGAACACACGUUGGAGGGGUUGUGUAGAGGUGAGGACCUUGACCCUACAGAGGUAAAGGAGUUGUCUGUUUCUCAGAUCAAAUCUGUCUCCGCCUUAUCGGACCUGGUCCGGAAAUUCCCACCAAAUGAGAUACAGGCUGAAGGAACCUCCAUCCCCCUCCAUCUGACUGCCACUCACCUGCUGGUUAGCGCCUUGGAGGCGUUGCCUGAUGCUGCUCUGACUCUGCUGGGAGAAUCUAGCCCUGAUGUCCUGGAAGCCCUCAAUACUCUGCUAAAGGUAAAUGGUCAGUCCCUCCCCUUUGAGUCACUGCCCCUCCCCUUGCAGGAAGAGGGGGCAUUCCAUUGGGCAGAGCAGCUCCUCCUCUCCUCCAAUGUGAUGCUGCGGAGAGAGACUGACAGGCUGUGGGCAGAGACUGGAAAAAAGCCAGGAUUGUUUCCAUUGGUCAUGUGCAUCGCUGUGCAAGGACUUACAUCUCUGUACACUGGGAAGGGGUAGGAUGUGUGUGCAUGGAUCAGUAUGUUUCAAAUAUUACAUUUUGUGUGAAGCUCCAGUGUUUCACUUUUCCAAAUAUGCACUCAAUGAAUUGUAUUUUUGGUGGCACUAACAUUUUUUUUUUUACAAACUAACUGUUUGAAUUGAAAAGCUGUAAAACAAUCCACUCCAGAAUAUGAAGUAAGACUUGUGUUUGAAGAAACACUUUUCAAAAGCUGGACAAGCAGACUUCACCUUACAGUGUUUGGAGAGAAACGCCUCAAUCUCAAUACACUAAAAUGUUGCUCUGACACCCUAGUAUUUCACGUAAGCUUUACAUUCUUUCUGCAUGCUCAUACAGAUAAAACGUGUAUACAGAAGAUUUUGUUAUUUCAAAAGAGAAAUACAGUAUAGUAUAUGCUUAUUUUAAUAUAUAAUGUUGCUUAAAUGCCAUUUUAAGCUAUAUGUAACCUACAGUACCAGUCAAAUGUUGACACACCUACUCAUUCAAGGGUUUUUCUUUAUUUGUAUAUUUCUACAUUGUAUAAUAGUGAAGACAUCAAAACAAUUAUAUAACACGUAUAGAAUCAUGUAGUAACCAAAAAAGUGUUAAAUUAAUUCUUCAGAGUAGUUCUUCAGAGUGCCUUGAUGACAGCUUUGCACACUCUUGGCAUUUAUCUCAACCAGCUUCACCUGGAAUGCUUUUCCAACAGUCUUGAAGGAGUUCCCACAUACUCUGAGCACUUGUUGGCUGCUUUUCUUUCACUCUGCGGUCCAAUUCAUUCCAAACCAUCUCAAUUGGGUAGAGGUUGAGUGAUUGUGGAGGCCAGGUAAUCUGAUGCAGCACUCCAUCAUUCUCCUUCUUGUUCAAAUAGCCCUUAAACAGCCUGGAGGAGUGUUGGGUCAUUGUCCUGUUGGAAAACAAAUGAUAGUCCCACUAAGCGCUAACCAGAUGGAAUGGUGUAUCGCUGCAGAAUACUUUGGUAGCCAUGCUGGUUGUGUGCUUUGAAUUCUAAAUAAUCACUGACAGUGUCACCAGCAAAGCAACAUCACACCUCCUCUUCCAUGCUUCACGGUGGGAACCACACAUGCGGAGAUAAUCCAUUCACCUACUCUGCAUCUCAAAAUGAAAUGGCGGUUGGAACCAAAAAUAUCAAAUAUCAAAGGACAGAUUUCCACCAGUCUAAUGUCCAUUGCUCAUAUUUCUUGGCACAAGCAAGUCUCUUCUUCUUUUUUUGUGGUCUUUAGUAGUGGUUUCUUUGCAGCAAUUUGACUAUGAAGGCCUGAUUCAUGUAGUCUCCUCUGAACAGUUGAUGGUGAGAUUUGUCUGUUACUUGAACUCUGUGAAGCAUUUAUUUGGGCUGCAAUUUGAGGUGCAGUUAACUCUAAUGAACGUAUCCUCUGCAGUAGAGGUGACUCUUCCUUUCCUGUGGUGGUCCUCGUGAGAGACAGUUUCAUCAUAGCACUUGAUGAUUUUUGCCACUGCACUUGAAGAAACUUUCAAAGUUCUUGACAUUUUCCAGAUUGACUGACCUUCCUUCAUGUCUUAAAGUAAUGAUGGACUGUUAUUUAUCUUUGCUUAUUUGAGAUGUUCUUGCCAUAAUAUGUACUUGGUCUUUUACCAAAUAGGGGUAUCUUCUGUAUGCCAACCCUACCUUGUCACAACACAACUGAUUGGCUCAGAUGCAAUAAGGAAAGUAAUUCCACAAAUGAACUUUUAACAAGGCACACGUGUUAAUUGAAAUUCAUUCCAGGUGACUACCUCAUGAAGCUGGUUGAGAGAAUGCCAAGAGUGUGCAAAGCUGUCAUCAAGGCAAAGGGUGGCUACUUUGAAGAAUCACAAAUAUAAGAUGUAUUUUUUGAUUUGUUUAACACUUUUUUGGUUACUACAUGAUUCCAUAUGAGUUAUUUCAUAGUUUGACGUCUUCAGUAUUAGUCGACAAUGUAGAAAGUAGUACAAAUAAAGACAAACCUUUGACUGGCAAUGUAUAUAAACCAAAUGUUUAUUCAGUUUAUGAACAUAACACUCACUAUCUACAGACAAGAUAUUCUAUAACUCGUUUUGAGAUUAUGGACUCAUCCCAGUUGCUGAUACUGUUAGAUCUAGUGGUAUGGCUUAGUCAGAAUGUGUAUGUAUGUAGAUGUAUUACCUCUGUAAAACAUCAAGUCAUAGCAUAUUGCUAUUUGUUAGAUUAUCAUGCUUUUCAGGAGAAUAUCAAUAUGGUGCAUUCUGCAAUUUCACAAUUCUACAUAGUUGCAAUGCUGCCACAAAACUAUGCAUUCUGUGUUUAAUAAAAUAUACUGUAUAUUUAUGAACCA